GGUCCGUGUAACAGAAGAAGGGGCAGAGGGACGAACACGAUGACUCUAAUCUCAGCAGCCCAUUUCCUUCUUCUUCAUCUCUUCUAUUAAUCGCUUCAAAGCUUGAAGCUUUCAGUCUCACACUCUUCAAAGACUUGAGCUUUUUCAAGUUUGGAUUCGGUUUCCACUUCGAUUCUUGUUGAGCUGCUGAUGUCUGCGGAGGCGGAGCCGUCGUCGACGGCGGGGUUCGUCAGCGACGGCCCUGAUGACGUGGAAGACUACAUUUCGGCUAAUGAAGCAGAACCGGCGCUGCCCUGGGAUAUAUUUAGUCAUGUAUUUGAUCUAGUGCAGAAGGGAAACCAGGCUUUUCGAGAGAAACGAUUUGAGGAGGCAAUUAAUUGCUACUCAAGAGCCAAUAACAUUAAACCAUGUGACCCUGUUAUUCUUGGCAACCGAACUGCUGCCUAUAUCAGGAUCAGUAAAUUCCUUAAACGCAUACCCGCAUCGGCUUCUGAAUAUAAAGCACGGACUGGAUUGGAUCCCACAACACAUGCUGAACUUGCUUUAAAGGAUGUUGAGAAGCUACUCAACGUCCGAAGUAAUUCAGCAAAACCAUACAUGUUGAAGGCUGAAGCUCUAAGUUUGCUGGAAAAAUAUGAAAUGGCCCGGGAUGUUAUAUUAUGUGGUCUUCAGGUCGACCCUUUUAGCAAUCCUCUUCGGACGGCUCUUCAGAAUUUGGAGAGACUACAAGUUCGCCUGACGGGGAAGACGAGCCAUAGCCAACCAGAAAGAAAAGCAGAACGGAGUGAUGAUUUUGAUUGUACAUUAUGUUUCAAGUUACUCUAUGAACCUGUGACAACCCCUUGUGGACAUUCUUUUUGUCGAUCGUGCCUAUUUCAGUCGAUGGAUCGAGGUAACAAAUGUCCAUUAUGCCGAACCGUUCUAUUCUUUAGUCCUAGAACAUGUGCGAUCAGUGUCACUCUUAAUGACAUUAUACAAAAGAACUUCCCAGAGGAGUUUGCUGAAAGGAAGGCAGAGAAUGACACGAUGACAAACUUUGGUGUUGAUUUGAUGCCGCUCUUUGUAAUGGAUGUUGUCCUUCCUUUUCAGAAGUUUCCACUACAUAUUUUUGAGCCUCGAUAUAGACUUAUGGUGAGGAGGAUAAUGGAAGGCAACCGUCGGAUGGGAAUGGUCAUAAUCGAUUCUGCAACAGGUUCCAUAGCUGAUUAUGCUUGUGAGGUGGAAAUUACUGAGUGUGAACCACUUCCAGAUGGGCGUUUCUAUUUAGAGAUUGAAAGUCGCCGAAGGUUUCGCAUAAUUCGAUCUUGGGACCAAGAUGGGUACCGAGUUGCAGAGAUUGAAUGGGUACAGGACAUAUGUCCACCGGAAGGAUCUAGAGAGAGAACAGAAUUGCAGGAACUGACAAAUAACGCAGCAGAAUAUGCUCGUUUAUGGAUAGGACGGGGUAAAAGAGCUGCAAGUCGAGAUCGAAGACGACUUGAGAAACUUCUCAGUGUAGAAGCAAUGAUGCCAUCAGUUCAAGAUCCUGAGCGCUUCAGCUUCUGGCUGGCUUCCCUUUCAAACCGACGUCCUCACGAAAGAUUGGAUCUCUUACGCUUGAGAGAUACAAAAGAGAGAAUACAACGGGGACUAAUAUAUCUCAGAGCAGAAGAGCAAGGUUGUCAAAUAAUGGGGAGAGUGACAAAUGGGGCAUCAUCACAUGUUCCUCCACAACUCUCCCCCUUCUCCCUUCUUUUCCUUCUCUUCCUGUUCACAUUCUUCACCAAUCUCAUGCACAUUGUCUCAGCCAAAGGCCAUUCACAUUCAAAUUCUGGUACGUUGACAUUCACUCCUUCUGAUAAUUUCCUCAUCGACUGUGGCGCUCCCCAAGAAGCCAAGCUCCCUGAUGGCAGGACGUUCAAAUCGGACCGCGAAACAGCUGACCUCUUGUCCACAAAUGAGGACAUUAAGGCUUCAGCUGACUCCAUCAAUGCCAAUGUCUCUUCAUCUGUUCCACCUGAUUCAAAAGUUCUGUUUCAAACGGCGAGGAUCUUCUCCGAGGAUUCCUUGUACACAUUCCACAUUAACCAGCCCGGCCGCCAUUGGAUUCGCCUCUACUUCUAUCCUCUCCCGCAUCAGACAUACAACCUUUCCGACGCAGUUUUCUCGGUGCAGACAGACAAGUAUGUUCUCUUGCACGACUUCUCUGCCUCGGAUAAAGCCACAUUGGUGUUCAAAGAAUACCUUUUCAAUGUCUCUGACACCAGAUUCUCCCUCCAUUUCAAACCAAAGAAGAAGUCCAUUGCUUUUGUCAAUGCCAUUGAGGUUGUCUCUGCUCCUGACGCUAUCUUCAAUGACUCUGCCACCACUCUUCCCAUAUCCAACGACUUCAACGGCUUGCAAGACUUUGCUUUCCAAAUCCGGUACCGGCUAAACGUUGGAGGGCCAUUGAUAACACCUCAAAAUGACACUUUGCAAAGGACUUGGGAGCCAGAUACUGCAUACAAUGCAUUUCCACAGGGAUCUCAAAACGUCUCAGUGGCUCCGAAUAUCGUCAAGUAUCCCAACAGUGGAGCUAACUCGUUGAUUGCGCCGAAUUGGAUCUACGCAACUGCUCAACACAUGCAGGAUUCUUUAACAAACAACCAGAAUUUCAACCUCAGUUGGAAGCUGAGUGUUGAGGAGGACUUUUCCUACUUGAUCAGGUUACAUUUCUGUGACAUACUGAGCAAAACCCUUAAUAACUUGUACUUCAAUGUGUACAUCAAUGGCAUGGUGGCUGUCUCCAACCUUGAUCUCUCUUCACUCACCGGCGGGCUAGCCACUGCUUUUUACAAAGACUUUUUGCUCAAUUCCACGGCGGUCUCCAUCUUAAACAACACCAUCCACAUUCAGAUUGGUCCUGGCACUACUCAGUCCGGGACUCAUGAUGGACUGCUUAAUGGAGUAGAGGUCUUGAAACUGAGCAAUAUAGCAGAAAGCUUGGAUGGAUUUUUCGCCGUUGAUGGGAAAUACAAGGGUCCGGUGAAAUCAUCAAAGACAUUGAAGAUAGCAGCGGGUGUGGGAUUGGGAAUGGGAGUGACGGCAAUGUUCUUACUUGGCGCGGUCUAUAUAAGGUGGAAAAGGAGACCUCAAGGUUGGGAAAAGAAAGACAGCUUCUCAUCAUGGUUGCUCCCUUUACAUUCUGGUAACUCUAGAUUGUUCUCCAAGUCAUGCAAGGGUUCUUCUAGACGAUCAAGCAGCGUUUUCGGCUCACGCAAGAGCAAGAGUGGCUACUCAACUUAUCUCUCUUCCAUUUACUACGGCAGGUCUUUCACUUUCGCUGAGUUACAAGCUGCAACUCAGAAUUGGGAUGAGAAGGAGGUGAUCGGAGUUGGGGGGUUCGGGAAAGUGUACCUUGGGGUGUUGGAAGAUGGUACUAAGCUUGCUGUCAAACGAGGGAACCCCAACUCUGAGCAAGGCAUUAAUGAGUUCAGAACAGAAAUGGACAUGCUCUCCAAGCUAAGACAUCGCCACCUUGUUUCACUGAUUGGAUUUUGUGAUGAGAAUAAUGAGAUGAUACUGGUGUACGAGUACAUGUCUAAUGGACCCCUUCGAGACCACCUCUAUGGCUCGAACCUGCUUUCAUUGUCGUGGAAGCAAAGGCUCGAGGUUUGCAUUGGCGCUGCUCGCGGCUUGCAUUAUCUGCAUACUGGUGCAGCACAAGGCAUCAUCCAUCGUGAUGUCAAGACGACGAAUAUCCUCCUGGAUGAGAAUUUUGUUGCGAAAGUCGCUGAUUUCGGACUGUCGAAAGCUGCUCCAUCGUUGGAACAAACGCAUGUCAGCACAGCUGUGAAGGGAAGUUUUGGUUAUCUUGAUCCUGAGUACUUCAGAAGGCAGCAGCUUACUGAGAAAUCCGAUGUCUACUCUUUCGGUGUGGUUCUUUUCGAGGCAUUAUGUGCAAGGCCUGUUAUAUGCCCCACUCUGCCAAGAGAGCAGGUGAGUUUGGCCGAGUGGACAAUGCAGUGGCAUAGGAAAGGCAUGAUAGAGAAGAUUGUAGACCCUAAAAUCGCAAGCUCAAUCAACGCAGGUUCGCUGAAGAAGUAUGUAGAAGCUGCAGAGAAAUGCCUUGCGGAGUAUGGUGUCGAUAGGCCUAGCAUGGGAGAUGUGCUGUGGAACUUGGAGUAUGCUUUGCAGCUUCAAGAGACAGCCUCACAGAUUGAUGCUCAGGAAGACAAUACUUCGAGUCUCAUUUCUUUGGAUAAAGCAAGCGAAAAAGAUGAGACAAACACAAAGGAUGGCUCUGCGGUUGGUAGUGCAGUGAGCGAGGAUUCUGUAGUCACAGCUGGUAAUCCUUUGUUUUCUCAAAUGAAUGUGCAGGGGAGGUAA